UUCUGGGAGGUGAUCAGCGACGAGCACGGCAUCGACCCCACCGGCACCUACCACGGGGACAGUGACCUGCAGCUGGACCGCAUUUCCGUGUACUACAAUGAAGCCACAGGUGGCAAAUACGUUCCUCGCGCUAUUUUGGUGGAUCUAGAACCUGGGACCAUGGAUUCUGUCCGGUCUGGUCCUUUUGGCCAGAUCUUCAGACCAGACAACUUCGUUUUUGGUCAGUCAGGGGCAGGCAACAACUGGGCCAAGGGCCACUACACAGAGGGGGCUGAGCUGGUGGACUCAGUCCUGGACGUCGUGCGGAAGGAGGCCGAGAGCUGUGACUGCCUGCAGGGCUUCCAGCUGACCCACUCGCUGGGGGGCGGCACCGGCUCGGGCAUGGGCACCCUGCUCAUCAGCAAGAUCCGCGAGGAGUACCCAGACCGCAUCAUGAACACCUUCAGCGUGGUGCCCUCGCCCAAGGUGUCCGACACCGUGGUGGAGCCCUACAACGCCACCCUCUCUGUCCAUCAGCUGGUGGAGAAUACAGACGAGACCUACUGCAUCGACAACGAGGCGCUGUACGACAUCUGCUUCCGCACCCUCAAGCUGACCACACCCACCUAUGGGGACCUCAACCACCUCGUCUCCGCCACCAUGAGCGGCGUCACUACCUGCCUGCGCUUUCCUGGCCAGCUGAACGCAGACCUGCGCAAGCUGGCCGUGAACAUGGUGCCCUUCCCGCGCCUGCACUUCUUCAUGCCCGGCUUUGCCCCACUUACCAGCCGCGGCAGCCAGCAGUACCGGGCCCUCACCGUGCCCGAGCUCACCCAGCAGGUCUUCGACGCCAAGAACAUGAUGGCCGCCUGUGACCCGCGCCACGGCCGCUACCUCACGGUGGCCGCUGUCUUCCGGGGCCGCAUGUCCAUGAAGGAGGUGGACGAGCAGAUGCUAAACGUGCAGAACAAGAACAGCAGCUACUUCGUGGAGUGGAUCCCCAACAACGUGAAGACGGCCGUGUGCGACAUCCCACCGCGCGGCCUCAAGAUGGCAGCCACCUUCAUCGGCAACAGCACGGCCAUCCAGGAGCUGUUCAAGCGCAUCUCGGAGCAGUUCACGGCCAUGUUCCGCCGCAAGGCCUUCCUGCACUGGUACACGGGCGAGGGCAUGGACGAGAUGGAGUUCACCGAGGCCGAGAGCAACAUGAAUGACCUGGUGUCCGAGUACCAGCAGUACCAGGACGCCACUGCAGAGGAGGAAGAGGAUUUCGGGGAGGAGGCCGAAGAGGAGGCCUAAGCCGGAGUCCCCUGUCACCUCAGGCUCCUUACUUCCUCAGCCGCCUUCCGCUGCCCCUCUCCUUCACAAUUUGUUUGCUGCCUCUAUCUUGUUUUUUUUUUCUUUUGGGGGUGUAGAACAGUGCCUGGCACAUAGUAGGCACUCAAUAAAUACUUGUUUGUUGGAUGUCUCUUCUUUCUCUCUGCUCUGGCAAACCUAGACCUCUUGUCAUUGUAGGUGACCCUGUAUUUUCUGCUGGCACCCACUUUUCACAUGUGUCCAGUUAACAUUCCUGUUCUCAGAAUCCCCAAGAUAGCUGGGUCUCUUCCAAAUCCCCUUUAAAGCCAGCCAGGUGCUAAAAACCCAUGGAACAGCCACCAUCAGGCAGAGGGUGGUGGUCAGCUUGGGGGAGGGGGUGGGACUUCCAUUCCAGGACAGGUGGGAAAGGGGAACCCAGGCUUUCCAUGCCCACCUUAGCCCUGGAGACAGGUGCACAGUAUUAGCUGCACGUCCUGUACCUCUGUCCAGAGCGUGUGUUUCCCUUCGCAGAGCCUGCCGCCCUCCAAAGCACCCCUCCUACCUUCCAUCCCGGAGGGAAUCUCAGCCAAGGUGUCAGGAGGUGCACACCCCACCUUCUUGCUCUGGUCACUUCCUGGGGCAGGAGGGGCCCUCUUUGUGGUAUCUCUUGCUAUUGCCCUCACCCUUGAUUUUGUCCUGUCCUACACUUGAUUUCUAUUUUGUGUUGAAGUUGCUUUUUUUCAUAUUGAAAAGAGACAUUGCCCCGAGCGCCAAAAAUAAAUGGGAAUUCAGAAAACCA